CAACAGUCCAUCAUCAACCUUUAAACAAAAUGUCAGGACACCAUCACCAUCACGACGGGCACGGACACGGACACUGCCAUGGCGAAGACGACGGCCACGACCAUUCCAACGACAUCACCCCCGCCGUCCAAAGCCUGCUGUACUCUCAGAUCCAGUUCGAUUCAAUAAUCACCCUGAACGAAGCAGCACCAAAAUCCGGCGCAGCAAUUGUCCGGAAAACAUGGGCGGAGCGAUUAAAUGACCGUCCAGAGCUAGAGAGUGAUGCGGAUGAGCAGUUACUUAUGUAUAUUCCAUUCACAGGCCAAGUCAAACUUCACUCCCUUUUAAUCUACGCCCCGCCGACCCCCUCCGCGCCCAAAACCGUGAAACUGUUCAAAAACCGCGACGACCUAGACUUCACCACCGCGUCUGAACUGUCGCCUACGCAGACCAUAGAGAUUCCCCGGCCCGUCGCGGGCGUUAACGAGGUCUUCGAGAUCCCUCUUACCCGUGCCUUGUGGAAUACCACUACCUCCGUCACGAUAUUCUUCGUCGAUAACUGGAGUCUGGGUGAUGAGGAUGUUACUCGUGUCGGCUACUUGGGGUUCAAGGGUCAGUUUAUGGCCUUGAAUCGGGAGCCGAUUAGUUUUUUAUAUGAGGCUGCUGCUAAUCCCGGGGAUCAUGUUGCUAUUCCCGGUGUUAAGAGUUUGGGGGGGAGAGUAAUGCCGGGACAGUGA